AUGGUUGAUUCUUCCAGUAAUAUACCUUAUAGUGAAAAAUCAAAUAAAAUAGCAUUAUAUGCAUUGUUAAUUUAUAAAUAUGAUAUAGCACAACCAGUUUUUUUGUCAGCAUCAUUUGAUUUAUCAUCAUUUCCGUUUUUUCAUAGAUCAUCACUAAAAGAGCAUAUUUACUUUCAUUCUCGAUUAGUAUGUAGUAGAACUCCAAAAGGAAACAGAGAAGUUAUUGAAUUAGAAUCAGGGAUUGGGCACUUACAUAUUUACACAAAUAUCCAAAAUAAUAUUAGUAUAUUAGUGCUUUCUACACCAUCUUAUCCUUUAAGAAUUGCUUUUGGAUUAAUAGAUAAUGCACAUAAAUUAUUUAUAGAAAAGUGUAAAGGCCAAUAUGAAAAUAUUACACAGGAUUUAAAAGAAGGAUCAUUAUUUAAUAAUGAAUUAAAUGAAUUAUUAAAAAAAUAUCAAAAUCCCUCUGAAGCAGAUAAACUAUUAAAAGUACAAAAAGAUCUAGAUGAAGUUAAAGACGUUAUGUUAAAAAAUAUAGAAGAUCUUUUACAAAGAGGAGAAAAAUUAGAUGAUUUAAUGAAAAAAAGUCAAGACCUUUCUAAUUCAUCUUAUCAAUUUUAUAGACAAGCUAAAAAAAAUAACCAAUGCUGUAAGUUAUAUUGA